UUUAUCAUUUGCUGAGUUGUAUUGUAUUGAAUGUAUGAGAUGUGUAUUGAAUGAUAGUUUAUAUACAUUUAGUUAUAAUAUUAGAGUAGUGUUAGUGUUUUGAAGCCAUUUUAGUGUUGUUUUUGGGACACAUUGUUGUUGUGUUUGGUGUCCUAACUGGUCAUCUCUGGCCAAAUAAUUGUCGCAUUUCUACUAAUUUAGUGUCCAAUUGGUGUCAUAUCAUAGACUUGUGUCACAUAUUUGUAUUGAUGUGAACAUCACUUUGAUUUGCUUUUCAUUAGACUAUUCAGUGCUUAAGUAUUGACUGAUUGGCGAAUAGCAGACAAUCACAGGCAUUGCCAUCCAAUCCAUACAAAGUCUUAUGGAUCAAUUUAACACAACGACAUCAUCAGCUGAUGUCAGUGGCCAAUCGGGAGCCAUUCAAGUGACCUCAGCCGGCCAGACAUCUGUAACAGCGGCGCAACAAGUGAUUCAGGUAUCACCACAACAAUUGAUGACAAUGGCUAUACCUCAGGGACAGACCAUUCAACUACAGGGACAACAGAUCCAGUUUGUUAAUGGACAACCAUUUCUUAUACAACAACCACAAAACGGACAAUUGUUGCAAACAUCUGACGGACAAACCAUUGCUUUGUGUCAAUUGCCGACAACUAUCGACGGAACCAAUUUUGUUCAGACACCUCAAGGAGUCAUUCAAUUGCCGGCCAAUUCAAUCAUUAACAAUGCGACUCAAGCCGUACAACAACCCACUACUGUUACCACACAGCAAAGCCAAGUAACUGCUGGUCAGACUAGUGGUAAUACGGCUAUUACAUUACCAAAUGCGGCUGCUUUGGGGGCCGGAAACAUAGUUAUGGUAGUUCCAGGAGCCGCUGGAUUACCACCAUCAAUGCAAAGAAUUCCGAUUUCUGGCGCAACCACUGAGUUCCUCGAAGAGGAACCACUCUAUGUAAAUGCAAAACAAUAUCACAGAAUACUUAAGCGAAGACAGGCCAGGGCUAAGCUUGAAGCUGAUGGACGCAUACCGAAAGAGAGGAGGAAAUAUCUGCAUGAAUCGCGACACAAACACGCCAUGAAUCGGGUUCGAGGAGAGGGAGGACGCUUCCACUCCGGCUCAUCCAGACGUCAUAAAGGACAUCAUCACCUCUUGAUGUCAGGCGAUGACACUAUCAAUACCAGUAACAAUACAUCAAUGAAUGACUCGCAGACCAGUACGACUGACCACGAAAACAGCCACAACUCGUUGUCAUCGCAUCACAACUUACUUGAAGUUAGCUAUUAGUUACAACUUCUCCUUCAAAGACCCCAAAUAUAUGACACAAACAUUCACUUAAACACUCAUCACAUCCACUCAUUAAUUGAUUGAUUCUC